AAAAAUUUUGAUAAAUAAAAGUUAAAAUAAUUGAAAAUACAUGAAUAACUGAAAUAUUAACUCUGAUGGAUCUAAAACUCUAAUAAGCUAAAUCAAGAAAAUAAGACUCAUAGAUAUAGGUGAACAAAACAGUUAUAUUUUCCAUUAAUAUUUUUUUUUUUUCUUGAUAACUUUUUUUUUUUUUUUUUUUUUUUGAGUAUUGAUUCACACAAUUUUGGAAGAAAUAAUUUUCAGAUUCUGUAAUAAAUUUUUCCUUAGCGUUUAUGCCUAUGCAUGCUUGUUCAGAUGGAACCGUGCACAACUUCGACAACUACAUGAACAUCAGAGCCGUCGACAUGCUGCCAGCCAUACAAGCUGAUUCAGUCAAUGCUGUUUUCACCCAGGAACUUGGAGUAGUUAUUGGUGAAACGCAGUUGGAGGACUUUUUAUCCCAAAUUUCUUGAUCUAUGCUUGUUCUUUGACCAGCUUGAAACUCACAUAUACAAGAGAUUUGCAAACAAUCAGUUGUCAUAUGUCCAUGUACGUUUUAUAUUUAAGAGUUGCUAAUUCUGUGUUUAUGCACUCCCUGGGAGAAACGUUUUUGGUUAAAUACAUUAAUUUGAAGAAAAAUGAGUCUUCUUUGCACAUUAUGUAACUAAAGGCACAAAGAUUUGACAGUGUUCACUGUAUUCUUGUGAUGGAUUGAGAAUUCGUGGAGUUUGAAGUGGAUUUGGCACUAAUAUAAAAAACUUCCACAACUUUAUGGCAGGAGUUGGAAUCUAUGUUCUCCCUCCCCCCACAGGUUUGGAUACAAGGCAUACAAAAUGCAGUAAUGU